CGAGUGGGGCCGCGAUUUGAUUGAUGGAAGCGAGGGUUACAUAUCCAAAGUCAAUUGGCAGGGCCGAGCUCCUCCCACUGCUCGCUGCGUCAGGGACGGCGCCACCGACUUGUUGUACCAUAGCCACUGUAUCUAUAAGCCGCGCCAACCUUUGCUGGAGAAGAUCAUGCACACCACCCAUCCCCGCUCGUCGUCCCGCCCGCCGUCGCCGUCGCCGCCCGCCGCAAUGGCUUCGCUCUUCUACGACGACCUCGACUUCCUCGGCCGGAGCUACGACGGCGCGAUGCCCCGCCUGCACGAGCCGGAGCCGCCGCGACGCGCCUACUAUGACGAAGCGCCGCGAAGUCUGCCCAAGCCGCGCAAGAACAGCAUCGAGAUGUUUCUCUCGCAGAGUCCGUCGCAGCACCUCGGCAACGACUUUUUGCGCAUGACGCUCGACGAACCGCCGCAGUUUUACCUCAAUCCGGAGCUCGCGACGUUUGGUCCGCCGAGUAGCGCCGAGACGACGACGACGACGUCGACGACGGACGCGUGGUACCAGCAGCGGUCGUAUGCGCCCGAGCCGGCGCCCAUGUACACGGCGUCGUACGCGCCGACGUCGGCGCCGUCGAUGCGGUCGCAGCAGCAGUGGUCGUCGCGGCCGUCGCCGCCGCUCCCGAGCUACCCGUCGUCGUUUCGAACGAGUGCGCCCCGGUCCGCGCCGCGCUCGUUCCCGCUCGGGAACCGGACAUCGGGGCUCUUUGACUCGCUCAAGUCGCCGCUCAAGCCAUGCAAGUUUUAUGCCCAAGGCCACUGCCGCAUGGGCACCAAAUGCAAGUUUGCGCACCAGCUGCCGACGGCGCCGUCGUCGACCGCGUCGUCGGCCGCGUCGUUUGAGGACGAGUACGCGUCGUACCCAAGCUUUCGGCCGACGGGCCACCAGCCGAGCAGCCUCGACCCGUCGUCGCUGCCCGAGCUCUCGCCCAACGUUGCGCUCACCGUCGACGACCUCUUGGGCCGCGUCUACGCCAUGUCGAAGGACCAGAAUGGGUGCCGGCUUCUCCAAGAACAGCUCGACGGCCGGUCGGACCUCUGCGACGUGAUUUACACGGAGGCCGUCCCGCAUCUCGUCGAUAUGAUGGUCGACCCGUUUGGCAACUACCUCUUCCAGAAGCUUCUCGAGCGCGUGACCGACGCGCAGCGGCUCGUGAUUGUGCAGCACGUGGCUGCGCACCUCGUCGCCGCCGCGCUCAACUUGCACGGAACGCGGUCGGUGCAAAAGGUGGUCGAGGUCUGUGCGACAGACCGCGCGCUCGCCUCGCUCAUCGUCUCGGCGCUCGAGGACGACGCGGUCCGUCUCUGCAUCGACUCGAACGGGAACCACGUGAUUCAGCGCGCGCUGCAGUUUUUACCGGCCGAGUUUAACCAGUUUGUGUUUGACGCGGUCGCAGCCGACUGCACCGUCGUCGGGACGCACCGCCAUGGCUGCUGCGUGCUCCAGCGCUGCGUCGACGCGGCCAACGAGCGCCAAAAGCGCGCGGUGAUUGCCCAAGUCGAGCGCCACGCGAUGAAGCUCAUGCAAGACCCGUACGGCAACUAUGUGGUCCAGUACGUCCUCGACGCGUGCCCGAGCGACGAGACGGUCGGCGUCAUGGCGAAAUGCGUCGGCCACCUCUUUGAGCUCUCGGUCCAAAAGUUUUCGUCCAACGUGGUUGAAAAGUGCCUCGAAUUGGCCCCGUACGAGCUGCGCCAGACGUUUGUGAAGGAGCUCAUUGCGUCGCCGCGCAUGCAGCGCAUGCUCCAAGACCAGUUUGCCAACUAUGUGGUGCAGCGCGCGCUCUCGGUGGCCUCGGACGAGCACUGCCUCUGCCUCGUGCACGCGAUUGCACCCCACUUGCCGUCGAUGAAGAACACGUCGGGCGGCCGCCGCAUCCAAGCCCGCAUCCUCAAACGCUUCCCGCAUAUGGUCGAGAUGGCGAUGCUCGGCGAGGCCCUGCCACUCGAGACGCCGCCGCCGCUCUAUGGCCGCGUUGCGUAG